GCGGCCGUUCCUGGGAGUCCGGCCGCGGAGGCCCCUAGUUGAGUCAACAAUAAAUAUGGCUUUCUACAGUUAUAAUUCAGUCUUAGUUAUUGCUGGAACAAGAUUCCCUAGCCAUUUCUUCCAUCCUACCUGCUCUACAUCAUUUGCAUUUCUUCACUUGCCAGAUUCCCAUUUAAAUAAGACAUCUAGGAAGAGCUAUGGAAGCAAGAGGUGCUCCUACCCUCCUCAGUCAGGCAAUAAAACAGUUCACUUGCGAACUAGACCAAUACAAAAGCUACACACAUCAACUUGCUGGCUACGAGAGGUUCCUAGUAAACCUCAGCUGGAGCAAACCACAGAAAAGCUACAAGCGAAAAACUCUCAGCCCACAAAAGAAACUAGCACAAAGAUUAAAGAAGGAAAGCGAUCUUAUAGACAAAAAAUUGUGGAUGAACUUAAAUAUUAUUACAAAGGAUUCAACUUACUUUGGAUUGACACCAAAGUUGCUGUCAGAAUGGUUUGGAGGCUGUUGCAUGGACAGGUGCUGACCAGACGAGAGAGACGAAGGCUGUUGAGAACUUGUGCUGAUUUCUUCCGCCUGGUUCCAUUCAUGGUGUUCAUAAUUGUGCCCUUCAUGGAAUUCUUAUUACCAGUGUUUGUGAAACUCUUCCCUGAGAUGUUGCCAUCGACUUUUGAAAGGGAAUCCAAAAAGGAAGAAAAACAGAAAAAGAAAAUGGCUGCAAAGUUGGAAAUAGCAAAAUUUCUUCAAGAAACAAUUACAGAAAUGGCAAGGAGGAGCAGAGCCAAGCUGGGAGAUGUUUCUACACAACUGUCAUCCUAUGUCAAACAGGUCCAAACAGGCCACAAGCCCAGCACAAAAGAGAUAGUUCGGUUUUCCAAAGUAUUUGAGGACCAGCUAGCCCUGGAACACUUAGAUCGACCUCAGCUGGUUGCCCUUUGCAAACUGCUAGAACUGCAGACUUUUGGAACUAACAAUUUGCUCCGCUUUCAGCUCCUAAUGAAACUGAAGUCCAUAAAAGCAGAUGAUCAAAUAAUUGCCAAAGAAGGGGUGAGGACUUUGAGUGUGUCAGAACUACAGGCUGCCUGUCGGGCCCGAGGGAUGAGAUCACUGGGUCUAACCGAGGAGCAACUGCGACAACAGCUCACAGAGUGGCAAGACCUCCACCUGAAGGAGAAUGUCCCUCCAUCCCUUUUGCUCCUGUCACGCACCUUCUACCUGAUAGAUGUGAAGCCAAAGCCGAUUGAGAUCCCACUGAGUGGGGAGGCUCCAAAGACAGAUAUUUCUGUGGAAUCACCUGUUUCCCCCAAAUCUAAAGAAAACCUGGUGGAUUUCGCACCUCAGCUGAAGGGAACUAAGGAUGAAAACUUCAUAUCAUCACAACCAGUUAUACCAUCACCUAUAAAACCAUCAAAGCCUAUUUCAUUACCUAAAGGAUCCAUUGCUUCUUCUAAAGAAGCUACACUCCAGGCCAAAUCACAAAAGACAUCCCAGAACAGCAAGUCUAGUUCAAAAGGAGCAUGAGGACUACUUGAGGACAGAGCUCACUCUCUCCAGCCUCCGGCCCUAAGCAGUCCGACCUUCCAGCUAGGACUAUUUGGCUUGAGCUAGAGGAUCGAUCAGCUAUGUAGUCCUUGGGGCUAGUCCUUUGAAGCUUUGUACCAACUAUUGCAAGUGAUGUCAGCAGUGAGGCCAAGUUCAGACCAUUUAGAGAACCAGAACUGCAAAGUCCAUUUCUUUGUACCAUUUUGUCAUUCCACCAAACUUUGUUCAAAGCCCACCCUCCA